GAAAGAUAACACCUAUUGGAAGGUUUGUUUUUACGGAUUUCUUCAACAAGAUGAGGAUGCAAAAUCUGGGCCUUGCUGAACAGCUCUACACAGGGAGAGCAGUAAACUGACUGAAAUAAAACUGUCUUUUUUGUUUGGUUGGACAGAUACAUCCUGGAGCAGCCAUGGUCUAUGUUAACUUGAAAUCCAUCACCGAGCCUGUGGGGAUCAUACGAAUAAUGGCAGUCAUCAUCACUUGUAUGUGUUUCAGCCUGAUGGCAUCAGUGAAACCUGACUCUUCGCCAUACUGGGGGUGGUGUAUGUUCACCUGGAUCUUCUGCUGCUUUUUCACCCUUCUCAUUCUCAUCCUGGAGUUCACCACUGUCAGCACCAAAGUGCCUUUUGCCUGGGAAGACUUCACUGCUGCCUUUGCUAUUCUAUCAAGUGUCCUGUGCCUGUGUGCCUCCAUCAUGUACCCGACCUUUUUCAGCUGCAGCACAUGUUACCGUCAGAUUGGAGCUUCCGUGGUAUCCUGGAUUUGUUUUGCACUGUAUUUUGCCGAGGUGGUUCUAACGCGCCUUCGCCCAAGUGGGCAGAACAGCGGAUUUCUCUCCACGCUGCCGGGCAUAAUGAAGAUGCUGGAGAGUUUAUUUGCCUGUCUCAUCUUCCUGUCAUUGGAAAGUGGCCAAUACUCAGGUUCCCCAGCACUGAACUGGUGUGUAGCUGUGUACUCCCUGUGUUUCAUUUUCACCAUCGCCAUAAUCCUGGUCACUGUUGGAAAUCUUACGAUUUAUUUUCCAUUCUCUUUUGACACAGUUGUGAUUGUUUAUAAUGUUUUGGCAGCGGUGAUGUAUAUAACAGCCAUGGUUGUGUGGCCACUGAGUUCUUUUCACAACAAUAAGAGACCAGUGGGCUGUGGCAACCUCUGUGCCUGGGAUAAAUUGGUUCUAAUCACCGUCAUGACAGUCUUUAACUCUAUUGUUUACACACUGGACUCUAUCUACUCCAUACUUCUGGUCUUUUUUCUCAGCAGUGAGUGAGUUGCUGCCUAUCAGGACUAUUACAACCGUUAAGAACCUAAAUGAUUUUGAAUAGUCUUUUCUGUACCAAAAUUCUGCCAAUAAACUUUACUAGACUCUGCUGAUACUUAUCAAAAUUGCAUAUGUAAUGGAAAGGUUGACCCUAUUGUGUAUACAUUGUGUAAUACAGCCAGAAAAAAAAAACAGUUGGUUAAACAUUAGAGCUGUGAUAUCAUUGUGAUAAAAAUGACAAAUAGAUGAGUAGAACU